AAAAAUAAAAGGGAACCCAGAAGCAGGGACUAGGGGAACGAAAGGUGUAAAUAGAAAGCGAAAGCUCUUGGUCUCUCUCUCUCUCUCUCUCUCUCUAUUCUUCUCAUCUAUUUUACUAAAUGAAUGAAUGAAUUAUUAACUAGGACAUAAAUACAAGGAAUCACGCCUCCGCCGGGACCAGCAGACAGUUCCAAGUCUUUGAUAUUCGUUUUAGCCCAAUGAUACAUAUGUAUACUUAUCCAUGUACAUAUUUUCCUUGGUAGGACUAGAAGUAGGACCAGCAAGGCUUUUUUGAAUAACAUUUUUGACCAAUACUUCGGAAGCUUCUACACAAGGCCACCAAGAUUGCGCUGCUGCUGCCGCCGCUGUUACCACAACUCAUUGCCGGUCCGAAGAUGGCAACUUUAACGAACGGACAGGUGGAUGGCACAAACGGGCUGGUGAACGGAUUAAGCCACAGUCCAGCGGGCUGCGGGGGCACCAUCCCUAUGAAGGACCACGACGCUAUCAAACUGUUCAUCGGGCAGAUACCACGCAACCUGGACGAGAAGGACCUCCGACCGCUCUUUGAGGAGUUCGGCAAGAUCUACGAGCUCACCGUGCUCAAGGACCGCUUUACGGGCAUGCACAAAGGCUGUGCCUUCCUUACCUACUGUGCCAGAGAGUCGGCCCUGAAAGCUCAGAAUGCACUUCAUGAGCAGAAGACCCUGCCAGGGAUGAACAGGCCUAUCCAGGUGAAGCCUGCGGACAGCGAGAGUCGAGGAGAAGACAGAAAACUAUUUGUGGGAAUGCUCAACAAGCAGCAGUCCGAAGAUGAUGUGCGACGUCUCUUUGAGUCGUUUGGCAGCAUUGAAGAGUGCACCAUCCUUAGAGGUCCUGAUGGAAACAGCAAAGGUUGUGCGUUCGUAAAGUAUUCCUCUCACGCUGAAGCUCAGGCAGCUAUCAGUGCGCUACACGGCAGCCAGACAAUGCCUGUGAGUUCAGUAUUCAAUAUGGGUGCGUCCUCAAGUCUGGUGGUGAAGUUUGCCGACACGGAUAAGGAGCGCACCAUCCGGCGCAUGCAGCAGAUGGCUGGUCAGAUGGGCAUCUUCAACCCCAUGGCCCUGCAGUUUGGGGCCUACGGGGCCUACGCACAGGUGCAGCAGCAGCAGGCAGCGUUGAUGGCGUCAGUAGGUCAGGGGGGCUACCUCAGCCCUAUGGCAGCCUUCGCGGCCGCACAGAUGCAGCACAUGGCCACUAUCAACGGACUCCCAGGAGGGCACAUGACCCCCACCUCAGGUGGCAGUACCCCCCCUGGUAUCGGCGGCCCCACGGUGACCAGUAUCCCCUCUCCCAUCAGUGUGAAUGGUUUCAAUGGAAUGCCGCCCCCUCAGGCUAACGGGCAGCCCCCUGCCGAAGCUGUGUACACCAACGGGAUACACCCCUAUCCUGUGUUGCAGGAGGUGGUUUUUAGAGAGGACUCUGAAAAAAACAGCUUGGCUCAUCGGAGUUGUUUUGGGGUUCAGGGUGGCUGCUUCCUCUCUUCUCUCUCUGAAGCUCAGAGUCCCACUGCAGCAGACCACUUACAGCAGGCUUACACAGGAGUCCAGCAGUAUGCAGCAGCCUACCCUGCUGCAUAUGGCCAGAUCAGCCAGGCCUUUCCCCAGCCUCCUCCCAUCAUCCCACAACAACAGAGAGAAGGGCCGGAGGGCUGUAACCUGUUCAUCUACCACCUCCCUCAGGAGUUUGGGGAUGGCGAGCUGAUGCAGAUGUUCCUGCCUUUCGGUAAUGUCAUCUCCUCCAAAGUGUUUGUGGAUCGGGCGACAAACCAAAGUAAAUGCUUUGGGUUUGUGAGCUUCGAUAACCCAGGUAGUGCCCAUGCUGCCAUCCAGUCAAUGAACGGCUUUCAGAUCGGCAUGAAGAGACUCAAGGUGCAGCUCAAGAGGCCGAAGGACGCCAACCGCCCCUACUAGCCCCUCCCCCUAUCAGCCACCCCUGCCCUGAGGGAUAUGGCAGUCACUGCACACAGGGCAACACAGGUUUUUAUUGAGCUGGAACACAUGUUGAUUAAAUGAACAACGUCAUUGAACUGAAAGACCACAGGAAUUAUUUGAGGCUGGUAUGAAACUGGAUCAUAUACUGGGCUGAACAUGAACAAAUUAAAUGACCAAGUAAUGGACACCUCUGUUGGAUGUACCUUUUGGACCUCAGAGAGAACUCAUGCAAACCUGGGUAGCUCCAGGACGCUUACUCUCUUUAUCGCCUCCCCUCCUCUCUUUCUCUCUCCCUAAACCUGCCUGAAUGACAGCUACCUUACAGGACCACAAGGGAAGUAUUAUAAAAGAAGAAGAAAAAAAACAAAACACGGAACAGAGAUGGAGGAAGUAUGGAUGCCAAGAGUUCCAAGAACUAAACAAACUUUUAAAAAAUACUUUAUGGGGGGAAUGCCAUAGGAGAUAUCUAUGUAAAGUUGUUGGGUAUGGGGAAAUAACUUUUUAAAGAACACUUUUACAGGACUAGGAGGAGAGAACUUUGUAGGGAAUGCGAUAUUUCAUGACCCAAACUCACUUUGAUUCGGGAUGGCCAUCUUUAGCUUGGAGUGCCUGUCGGUUUCCAGGGGAUACCGUUGCCAAGGAGAGCCAUAGCAACGGUCUCCAGGGAGUCUUACCUGUCAUUCCUUAGUUGUUUUAGGGACCAAAAGACCAAACAUUUUUAUUGCUGAGGACUUGUAGCUCUAUUAAUAUACUCGGACCACUGCAUCUCUUUUAAUCUUUGUUAAUCGAUUAAAGAGUUGCAUUUAAAAGAUGUGUACAUUUAGAAUAUAUAUACAAUAUAUGUAUAUAUACAUAUAUAUUGCUGUUAUGCUUUUUGAAUACAGGCAACACUAUUUCAGAUGACCAAUGGGGUCGCUCACUUCGCUAGUUUACAAUUAACUAUUCAAAAUGUUUAUUUUUUUCCCCUCUUCUCAUUUUCUCUUGGGGGAUGGGAUGGAGUGUGCAUGGGAAGGGUUGUUCCAUACUGCAGCCUUACCUUUUCUAACUUGACAUCCUAACCUCAUAGUUAAAAGAACAUCAAAAAUGUUUGAAAUACAUGAACUUGUUUAUAUUUGCAGUACAUAUAUAUGUAUAUGUAUAACACGCAUUCAAGCUAAUGUAUUCAUAUAUAUACAUAUAUACAGUAUAUAUGGAUAAAUAGAUAUUAAUCAAACCAAUAUAUGUAUUUACAGUAUAUGCACAUAUUUUAUGUGUGUCUGUAUAUAGAACAGCUAUCGACUAUGAUGAGCUGUCAUUUUUUUGUAGAUUUUAGCUGGAGUUUGAAAAACUGCUCUGCUUGGGAAGAGGCGCAAAUCUGGCAGCUCCCAGAACUGCAGGCAUUCCUCUCUCUAAUAAACUAUAUAUGCUGAUACACACAUAUUCCUGAAUAUAUGUGUGAAGAUUCACAUACACUGUAUGUACGUGUACAUACCAUUUUAAAAAAUGCAAAAAAAAGCCACUUCUCAGUAGCAGGCUUAAAGAGAAUCAGGCUAAAUUAAUUUUAGAGGUAGGACAAAGAUCUUUGACUUGAUUCCAAACAUAACUUUUCAGCUUCAAAGUACACUCUACACAAACUUAACACGUAAAAACAACAUUCUCUUUGACAUUUGAACCAAAAUGGAUGAAUACCGUGACCUUUUCUCUCUCUUAAUUGCAUUCAGUAAGUAAGUGCAUGUAGCGUAUGGGCUGUCAACACAAGGUGUGCCUUGUCACCUGCAGAAUCUGCCAUCAAGCACUGUGCUUUCAAAACAUUACUGCAAGCAGCCAACGCGCUACGAUGAUGUCAAAACUGCAGUCGCAUUCCAUCAUGUCGUUUCACAUCUCCAUAGAGCUUUAGCAGUAAAGCAUGUCAAAGCUAACAAAUCUUUCAGAUGAUUCACCGUGGUCCUCUCACACAUGGAAAUUAGCAUCAAGUACUCUGACAGUCACAGACUCAUUGUGAUGUGUAUUUGUCAUUACAUUUUAAAUCAAAGUGGGUAUUAUAUAUUCUGCUAGUACAGGUACCGAAAUAAAGGGAGCACUUGGAAAUGCUGUGCAAGUAUAAGAACCCUUGAGGCUUGGUUCCACUGGCUUUGGUCUGACAUUGCGUAUUGUAUGGUUAUAACUUAUAGGUGAAAUUUCAUGUUAACACAUUGCAGACCUAGGAAGUGGUUUGACUACUAAACACAAAGGAACCAGGAAGUGUUUUGUAAUGUGUACAGCCAGCGCCAAUUCAGCUAUUGUUGUAUGGAGCUCUCUCUAACUGUUCCUCACCAGACCAUUCCCCUAGUGCCUGCGUCCAACCUUUACUAACAGACAGGGAUGUAAUGUUAAAUAAAAGGUGGUAAACACUGAACGCCGGUCGAGACCGCCAGGCUGUUCCCAACGGCAAUGCUAACAGUGCUAAUUUAGCGAACUAGGUGCAUAACUGCUAUGCUAUAGAAAUAGAAUGACUAGAACAUACAUCCCCAUUCAAGUCAAUGUUGGCAUAAUGGGUGGACUGGCGGCUAUGGCGAUAAGUGCAAAGCCAGGUUGAAGAUGACAAACGUUAACCUCUAUGGGAUUCUAAAAAACCAUAACUCUUUGCAACAAUGGGACCAGCUAUACCAGUUAGAAAUGGCACUGGUAGUUAGCAACGGCGCUGGUAGUUAGCAACGGCACUGGUAGUUAGCAACGGCGCUGGUAGUUAGCAACGGCACUGGUCCCAGAUGUGACAUCGUGGUCUUAACCUGUAUAUUUUAGACGUAGGAGCAAAGCCGGAAGUAAAAUAUGUGCUAAAAUAUGUAUGAUUUGCUGAUUUAACUCAACUGAAAUACAUUCCAUUGCAUGAGCCACAUCAGUUAACAUCAUUUGAAUUAACAUUCUACAUUACUAUGGAAAUGAUUGCAUCCCAAUACCAGCCAGCCAUUGUGAAUGUACCCAUGAGUUUACCAGUCAAAUUGCUAGGGUUAGAGGUUCCGAGACCGUUCUAUUCAAUCUAUUUCUAUGUGCUAUGCAUCAUAUCAAAACUGUGUUUACCUGGAUUUAGCCUCAAUUGCAUCCCUGCUACAAGGUCUGUGUCUCACCCAGUCUACCGCAAUGCAAACAGGCCUAAAGAUGUCAUUAACACUCCUUUACACCCCCUUCUUUCUCUGGGUUUGUCAAGGAAAGUUCUGAAAUGACUCUCCCCAUUAUUUAUCAAAGGUCCACCCUAUCUUGAGAUCGGUUUCUUGUUGCACAAAUUUCCCAUUGACAUCAACCAAUUUAUGAUUUACUUGAAAUUCAAGGUUAUGCUUAAGUUCGGAUUCGGCUUCUAAGUCACGUCAAUGUGUCUCCCCAAACCAGUUAAAUGUAAUGUAAAAAUCUAGAUUUCUGCCUAAAUAGACAUAUCCAAAAGUAAUUAUUUAUCAAGAGAGGGCCAUGAACAAUACAUAGUAAUGCUUAUUCUUUUACCCUUUCCGGGUAAAAGUAGUUUUAAAUUGCUGAGGUGUUGUCACUCUUGAGGACACAAGCUCAAGUACACAGUACAAAUAUGAUAGAAAUAUAUUUUAAAAAAUCAUACAGAAUAUGUGUCCUAUUCAAUAAAAGUGGGAGAAUAGGGCAUGCCAUACUUUCUAAAUAUGGUAGCAAUCAAAUAAUAAACAACUUAAUAUAAUAAUUCACCUGUCUUAUAGCUGAUCAUACUUCGUGACUACAAAACUGGCACCAUUUCAAAUAACUGACAACAAUUUUCUGCCCAGUGUCCUCUGAACGACUCAGAGACUCCAUUGAAAUGCCUGUUAAAUCGUUACAACUUCAGCUUUAAGCACAAAGACGCACAACGUGCUGUGACCCAAGACAAAGUGGUCUUGUUUCAAUUCUACAAAAUAAUUUUGUAUUUGUUCAUGUUGAGAGCUCUUAAAUCCGAGAAUACCACAGCGAGAUGAUUAUGCUUUUGCUGUAAAUCGCGAGGCUCCCCUGUUUCAUAUACCAUAUUGUAAGUGGAGCUGAGAGUUUCACAGCCAGAGGAAAUCGACCCUUUGUUUGGAUAGGCCAGAAAAUGUGACGUGUCACUCCCUAUGCAAAUCAGGUGUCAGAUUUUACAUACUGCAUCUCAGAUGAGAGCAGAGAGCAGUAUGUGAAGCGGGACAACCAGAGCUUUCACGGAGUGCACAGCAUUUGAUGUUGCGCCAUCCACAAGGCUCUCUGUAUACAAAAAUGGCGGUUGGAACUGGUUCAGAACUGCUCAAAGUCCCCUUAACUUCUCCCAAUGCCACCUUUCACUCAGCUCACGCUCUCAGUCACACUUUCCCAAUGAAAUUCAUCCCUCGCUCUCCAUUUUGUUCCGUGUUUAGGUUUAUUUCCCUGCUUGCACCCCUCUCUCUGCCUACUUUAACCUGCAUUCCAAGGCCUGAGAGUACUGGAUUGGUGUCAGCAAUAUGGUGGAAACUCCCUUAGCCUUUCAAAUAGGCUAUAGAGCUAUUAGUGAAUGUCUUACACCUUUCCCAAUGCUUUCCAAUUGAGUGAAUGAAGGCAGAGGGAGAGGAAUGACUGGAAUUGAGCAUCUAUUUCACAUGCUAUAACUUUCAGCUGCAACUGUUUACAUAUAAAUUGAGAAAAAAAACAUAGUAGUUCAAAAACAAUGAGAAACAGAGCAGAAGUUUGAAUAUAAAUAUAUAUAAAUAUAUACAUAAACCAAUGAAUAUACUGUAAAUGUUUUUGUUGCUCUGUUUUCCUCUGUACAUAGGUUUGCAUAUUUUAUAGGACUUUUACUUCUAUCUACAAGGACUGAAUAAAACAAAACUUUAAUUACUUCAAAAAGAUGAACGAAAACAUAUAAUAAUCAAUGAAACCAGGUUUUAAAAAAUAAAAAAAUAAAAAAAGAGUCCAUAGGAAUAUGGUACAACUGUAUGACCUGACCUAGGCAUUUAACCAGAAAACAGUCAGGGAGAGCAUUGAACUCAAUUAGAGCAUAGACAUGCAUUGGCCUUUUUAUACAAGUGUUUUGGGUUUCUUUCAUUUAUUUAUUUAUGUAUUUAUUUAUUUAUUUCUUCUGUUUACAAAUGAUAUGCAUGAUUUCAUGGCAUUAUUUUUCUAUGAGUUGGUAUGUGACCAAAUAGUUUUUUAUAUUCAUGUAUAGGCCUACAUUGUGGUACAUUGUUGACCACUUAUUGUCUACAGGAUCACAACUUGCAACAGUUCUUUGAGAAAUGGAGAUUAUGCUCAUAUUCGCCAAGUUUGUUUUGUUACGUUUUCUCAGAGGUUUAUCUGUUGUUCUUUUUUCCAUUUGUGAUUGUUUUAUUCAAUAUCAGAGCUCUACUGUUCUUUUAAAGCGUUAUGCUGCUGUUUUCUGAACUGUUUUACAUUUCACUUCCCCGCUCUUAAUAUUUAAAUGCACCUCAACUGUUCAAUCUAUCUAGAUGAUUAAAGCUACAAAGUGCAUUCAAAUUGCAGUAUUUUUUGUGAACUUCUACAUACAAGUUCCAAAUUCAGCUAAAUGUGGUAGCGUAUAGGUUGCAAUGACAUGGUAAUUUCAUGUUUCAAAAUUAAAAUACAAAUGAAACCUUUCCAGAAUAAAAUAAAAACCUUGUUAGCUGUGAUUGUGUUCAACAAUUUGAAUGCACCUUCGCUGUUUUGUCAUUCUGUUUCAUAACUGCUCUGUUGUUGACCAUCUAAGCUCUUGGAAACAUGGGAUAAACAUUAGGUUAAUAUUUACCACUUCUCCUUAGGACAAGGUUGCUAAAAUAUGUCUAUCCAUGAGAGGAAUUCCCUCUCUUGCUAAACAUGGCUGCUAAUGUAGGACUUGAAACCAUAAUUAGCUGAUUAGUGAUAAUUACUUAGAAAUCCCACAUACAAUGUGUCCCUUAUUCUGAAGUGUUAAGAGUUCUGUAUUAAUCAGAGAAAUGUUGUUUAUUUUGUCUCAAUUAUCAUAUCUGUUUUUGUAACAUCCUAUAGAGCUCUGAUGUUGUACAAGUGUUCAGUUCUAUCAAGGGUAAAAUACCUAUCAAAAACUGCACUAUUUCAUCAAAUAUUCAGUUACUCAAUUUCCGAUCAUGUGGUCUACCUUCAAUGCUGUUAUCAUGGGGUUAUUCCUACAUUCUACUUCUUCAAUGGAUUCAAAAGUAUUCUGAAGACUUCAGCACACGAAGGGGAUGGGGAAUUGAAUGUUGCGUGUAGCGUUUUACCUUGUCUGAUGAGGUAGGCUUCUCAUUGGUUAGUGCGCUUUAGGCUCCCGCCCUCAUCUCUCCAGACUGCACCAUUCUCUGAUCCCUGGACUAUUUUGUAAUUUUAAUGAAUGAUGCGUCUCAGCUUAGCCCAAUAAUAAAGCACAGUCUAGAAUA